CCAUCAGCUGGAAAAUCCAAUGUCAUGUGUUUUUCUUUGAUUUAAUUGUUGGUUUGGUUAAUUGUUUUGGAGAAUUUGAUUUAAUUGUUAGCAGGAUAGAAAACAUGUCUCGGAAAGUGAUUAAAUCUUCUCGGAGUAGAUUAACUCGACUAUUUGAUUCUCUUAAACCAGAAAAUUUAAUCUCAACAUUAAUCGGUUUAUUUACUGAUGUUUCUUAUAUUCCGGUAAUUUGUUUUCUUUUAAUUGUCUUUGAAUUAGCUCUUAAUUUGUUAAUUGUUCAACGUGUUAAAUACACCGAGAUUGAUUGGAGUACAUACAUGCAACAGGUUAGAUGUUUUCUCAAUGGAACUUUGGAUUAUAAUAAUAUUUCAGGUGAUACUGGACCGAUUGUUUAUCCUGCCGGUCAUUUAUAUGUCUACACAUUGUUAUACUUUCUUACUGGUCAAGGAAAAUCAAUUCAGCUUGGUCAAUAUUUUUUCAUUCUUUUAUACCUGUUCAACUUAAUUGCUGUUUUUAAUAUUUACAAUCGGGUUCGCAAGGUUCCUCCAUAUGUUCUGAUGAUGAUGUGUCUCACUUCAUAUCGUAUUCACUCAAUUUACUCAUUACGAUUGUUUAACGAUCCAGUGGCCAUGUUUGCUCUCUAUUUAUCUGUUAAUUUAAUUCUAUCAAAACAUUGGAAAUCAGCGGCAUUACUGUUCAGCAUUGGAGUUUCCAUUAAAAUGAAUAUCUUAUUAUUUGCUCCUGGUCUUUUGAUUACAUUUCUCGAGGAAACUGGUCCUUAUAAUACACUUAAAUACUUGAGUAUUUGUGCCUUUACUCAGAUUUUCCUUGGAUUACCUUUUCUACUGACCUACCCUGUAAAUUAUUUAACUCGAUCAUUCAAUUUGGGUCGGAUUUUCCUCUACAAAUGGACAGUUAAUUGGAGAUGUAUAAGUGAGACCCUGUUUCUUAAUCGUAACUUUCACCUAAUCCUAUUGGUCUUACAUGUUAUCUUAUUGGUGAUAUUUUUUGGUAAAAGGUAUUCAUCGCUUUUGAGAAAACCUAAAUUCUGGUCCAAAGUAACAUUUCAGACAAGAAUCAGGAACAAAAUUAACUCUAAUCAGGAUAAAUUAACGAAUUCAAGAAUUUUAUUAACAUUAUUUACAAGCAAUUUGAUUGGGAUAACCGUUGCUCGAUCCCUUCAUUAUCAAUUUUAUGUUUGGUAUUAUCAUUCAAUUCCCUAUCUGAUCUGGUCAACUAAUUAUUCAACAGUUUCAAAACUUUGCUUAAUGGGAUUGAUUGAAUUGUGCUGGAACACUUAUCCAUCUACGAUAAUGAGCUGUUGGCUUCUUCAUUUAUCUCAUAUUUCUCUCAUCUACUCACUUUGGAAGCAAACUAAUAGAUUGACAUGUUAAUUACGAUUUGAAUUGACACCAUGAAAACUUAUUCAUGAUAAAUGUUAACAUUAGACUGAGUUAAAUGUCAAUUGCAAGUGUAACUUGUCAAUGUUUAUUGAUUGGGGUUCAACAAAUAGACAAACACAUCUUGUCAAUGGUCAAGAAUCAACAAGUUGAUCAGGAAUCAUCUUGAUUACAAACAACUUACAACAAUUUAGAUAUAGUAAAUUGUUGACAAAUCUAUUCAUUUGCCACUUUAUUCAAUCAAUUUAUCUGAAAAUAUUGAUAAUCAUCUUUGAUGGAUUUCACUGAUUGUUUCAUUUCGUUUAAUCUAUGUUCACAAUUAAGCCAUUGAUUAAAUUAUUGUAACAUUUAUAACUCAAUCUAUUGAUUUCUAAUAUCAACUAAUCAUUUACGACCAAUUUGAUUACAUAUUAUAAUAUACAAUAUG